CACUACGGUAAUGUUUAACCAGAUAAUUAUUCUCUUAGCGGCAGGAAGAGUAAAUGCGCACAUAUUUUUUUCAGCCCUGUCAUUUCAAUACUUCAUAUUCAUGUGACAGGACAACAAAAUGGAAGAGAUGUUGGAGAAAGAGAUUCUGCUGUCAGAAGUAAAAGAUUCCGAUGAAGGUGGAAUUCGGCUGCGACUGAGAGACAGAGACCUGUUGAAGAAACGAAAAGCCGAGGCAGAGGAAAAGGCAACCAACCAGUGGGUUUAUGGGGCACAAAGCCUUAAAAGAGUGAAAAAGAGGACCAGCAGUACCCCAGGAAGGAAAGGUCGACCAAGGAAAGAACAGCCCAUAGUUAUUCCAGAAGAUCUUGGUCUGGCUGAGGAAACAGAUCCUUCUCCUGUCACACUUCCCAUCACAGUAAUACCCACUACAGCAGAGACAGUGCCUAUUCAACCAGCUGAGCCACAACCAGAGCUGGUGCCUGUGGAAGCAGCAAGUGAAAAACCUCUCGAGGAGUUUCUGAUCGAGGAUCUGGGGCCGGAUGAGGAGGAAGACAUGCCUCAAAGAAGCCUUAUCAUUGAUACAGGUGAUAGUGAGCAGCCAUUUGCUGAUGUGCCUGAACAAAGUGAAGUCUCAAUGCCAGCAUUUCUCCCGCUACCUGGUCCUUCUCAAGCAGACAGCCUAAGCCUAUCUGAGAAUGUACUUAUCUGAGUAUCUAUUUUCUACAGUAAAAUAAAGCAUUUUCUAUAUUUA